CGCAGCUAUUUCCGGUCUUUAAAUGGAGCGCACCUCUCCCGCGUUGGUGUUAGCCGAGCAGCGAGCUAACUGAUGGCACGUCCUCAUUAGAAGCAGCCUCUGGUAGUAUCGGGAGCGUCACCGACCUCUUCCCUCAUGUUUGCCCGCUUCGUGUCGCCGCUUCUGCCGCUACUGCUGCUGGCCGCACCGGCACCCACUCACUACUUCCAGCUGGGCACGCUGUCCAACGUGUCCUCGUACUACUUUAACUACAUUUACUGCAACAUUUGGGAGAGCGAGUGUCAGCCCCACCAGGACGAUGCGACGCAGCAAGUUCCUGCGAGGGACAUUUGGGCCGGUUUUGUCCAGGACUACACUAACCUGCUGUACCGCUGGUACUGCAGCCUGGGUCAGUGCUGCGAGACCGGAGACUGCAGGGUGACAAACAACAUCACUGGUUUGGCUCAAGACCUUCAGAGCAAGCUACACGGGCAGCACCUGGCCCAGUCUGUGGUUCUAAAAGCAAUCCAGGGUUUCAUCAACAACCCGGAGUCCAACAAGCCCCUGACGCUCUCCUUCCACGGCUGGUCGGGCACCGGGAAGAACUUUGUGGCCCGGAUGGUCGCAGAUAACCUUUAUCGCGACGGGGUGAAGAGCGAGUGCGUCCGGCUGUUCAUCGCUCCGUUCCACUUUCACCAUGCUAGGAUGGUGGACACGUACAAGGGUCAGCUGAAAGAGGCAAUCCGGGACACGGUCCUGCGAUGUUCCCAGACGCUCUUCAUCUUCGACGAAGCCGAGAAGCUCCACCCGGGCCUCAUCGACGCCAUCAAGCCGUACAUGGCCCACUACGACAACGUGGAUGGGGUCAACUACCGCAAGGCCAUCUUCCUCUUCCUCAGUAAUAUUGGAGGAGCAACAAUCAACGACGUUGCGUUGGACUUUUGGCACUCAGGUCAGAACCGGGAGGACAUCGGGAUGGAGGAUCUGGAACACCGAUUACGAGCAGAAACAAUGGAGGCUCAUGGCGGUUUUGCCAAGAGCGAGCUUAUGUCUGGCCACCUGAUUGACUUCUUCGUGCCCUUCCUACCUCUGGAGUACCGUCACGUCAAGCUAUGCGCGAAGGACGCCUUCGCCGCACGAGGCCUGGAGACGGACGAGGCCACGCUGGAUGAGGUGGCCAAGGCCAUGCUGUACAUCCCCAAGGAGGAGAGACUGUUCUCGGCCCAGGGGUGUAAGUCCAUCCCCCAGCGGAUCAACUUCUUUCUUCCUUAGAAGAAACGAGGGACGCCUGGAGGAGGUGUGGGGUUCACUCCCUUACAGGUGCAAAACACAACAUGUGUCUGUCCAGGUCACUUGCGCAAGGUUGGACAACAAGAGCACUUCCUGUGUGAGCGGAAAGAAAAAAGUGCCGUCGCACAUCAGUGGUGCGGCGGUGGAGGAGGACCCGCUGCCUUGUCGCAGCUUCUCGCUUGAGAUGAAGCACAGCACGUGGUUAACUACAGUGGGGGAAAUAAUUAUAUAUAUUAGAAGUUUGUUCACUUCAGAAAUGAGGAAGUCUCAUUUACACAAAGGUGGAAAAAAGUACUCACUCUGUACUUCUGUAGAAGUACAGCUGCAGUGGUGCCUUGAGAUAUGAGUUUUAUUAUUCCUCCUCCUUAAUUACCAUUAUCUAAAAAUACACGCAUCUUAAAUAAUAUUUUCCCAUUGAAAUGGAUGGAAAUGCAAGUAAUCUGUCUCAGCACAGCCCCCCAAAAAACAUUCCCAGAAAAAAAAUAAUAAAUGCACUUCACAUUAUUGUACUGUAUAAAAACAAUACAUUCUCAGCACUUGGAAGCACAAAACACGACUGUACCGAAUGGUUUGUCCUUCCCGGUUCUUUUUCGGCCUCUAGUGGCGGUUGGCAAACCAGUUUAAUGGUGCAUUAGCACCACCAACUGAUAGUGUCCUUCCACUGCAAGGAAACCAAUGUGAAUUGAUGGUGGACGUAUUUUGUGAGUUUUCUGUCCCCAUCAAGCAGUAGGGGUCUGAAGCACGUUCAUAGCUCAAAUUUUUGCUCCUAUUGCAAUACAAAAUAUCGGCCAAGCGACGGCUCGUAUCUUCAAAAACGUGUAAGUCAAGCACUGGUAUCUCAAGGCACCAUUGCUUGUGUAAAAAACAAAAAACACUGUUAAAAGUAAAAUAACUUAUUUAAAUCCUUCAGUAAGUUAUAAAGUGCAGUCUGAAUAUAUAUAUAUAUAUUUUUUCUUCUGUCAAUUACAUACAAUACAAUACCUGAUUUGAAAACUGGCACAAAGAAAAAUGAAGUAAAAACCUCUGCACACGAAAGAUUUUUCCCUUAUAUUAACUUAUGUCGUCAGAAGAACAUAAAUCACGGGACACUAUAUUUUAAAAAUGUCUUCCCGAAGCUUUGCUAAAUUUGUGAACUGACUGACAAAAAAAAGCUAAAUUAGCUUAUGAAGACAACUGGGAAAAUACACCGUAAGUGUGUAUGUUUUUGUUCUUGUUGUUUUUUUAGGCUGGCACAUAACAGUGUGUUAUUUUGAAUUUAUUUUGAAUUCUUAUUGUGACUGUGAGGAUGGUGUUCUUUGUGUCAUCUCACAUUUUUUCCCCAUCCCCCAAAUACUGGUUCAGUUGAUGCCAAAUAGCUCAUUUGAUUUCCUCUGACCUCAGCACUUUGUUAAAAGCCUUCGCUGAGUCAUUUAGAUGUUCACCGGCUAACUUAAAGCGGUCUUGUACGUGUGCUUUUUUGAGCAGGGGGGACCUUCCAGGUGCCUUUUUGUAGGUGAUUUCAUUUUCUGCAUUUUUGGAUGAUACUGUGUCAUAUACCAUCAUAAAUAAACCAUAAAUUUGCACUGUCAGGGGAUUAAAUAAUGAUUUCCUCCACUGUGUGAACUGUGCAAAAGUGUUGGGAAACCUUUGGCUUUGUUGUAAUGCUUUUCUCACCACACAUUGUGACAUUGUAUAAGUAAAUACUCGUAAGAUAGAUACAAAUUAUACUAAACCAAUUUCCCUGGAAUGUACAGUUUGGUAAGAGUUGGAUACGUUGUUUUAUUUAAAUGAUUAAGUCACAAGCACUACCCUAGACUUUUGAACAGUAGUACAAUGUCCAGCCACCCCCCGACCCACUUUUAUGUUGCACUAUUAACUCUCUUGAAACGUGGUCACGAUUUAAGCAUUAUGACUACGUAUUGCUUUCUUUGACUACUCAUUUAACAUGCAUAAUGUUGUUGGUGAAGUGGAGCAAGUGGCCUGCAGGGUUAAAUGACCUCCGGUGUUUAAAGCAACUAAAAGGAACUGAAUUGUUACCAUGAGGGCAAUAUGAGAGACAUGGUGUUGAAAAGCACUUACUGGACUAUAUGUUGUCAAGAUUUGUUCGAAAGAUUAUUUAAAAGUAGCUGCACAACCACGACCCUGAGUGAGGCUAAGCGGUGUAGAAAAUGGAUGGAUGGAUGGAUGGAUGGAUACUUUUUAAUCACUGAGUUGAAAGGAAUGCUACCAUGUCAUAGUUUUUGUGUAUUUUUGAGCACUUAGCGUUUGGUCAUUGUUUUUAUUGUCACGUGAUUUUGCUCUUUGAAAUUUUAAAUUUCACAUAUCAAUAUGAAAAAUUAAAAAGAUUAAAACCCCAA